AAGCGAAAUGAUGAUGUCUUCGUACACCGAUACCUUCAACAACACCGUGGUGAACCAGUAUGGGGAGGAGUUUCCCCUGCUGAUGCCGCGGUGGGGAUACGUGGUGUCAGCGUUUGUGCUGUUCAUCAUUGGAUUCUUCGGCUUCUUCCUAAACCUCAUGGUCAUUUUGCUCAUGUUCAAGGAUCGACAGCUAUGGACCCCGCUGAACAUAAUCCUCUUCAACCUGGUGUGCUCGGACUUCUCCGUGUCGGUGUUGGGCAACCCGCUCACGCUCAUCUCUGCGCUGUUCCACCGCUGGGUGUUUGGCCACACCAUGUGCGUGCUCUACGGAUUCUUCAUGGCCCUACUUGGCAUAACCUCCAUCACGACGCUGACGGUGAUAUCGUUCGAGCGGUACCUCAUGGUGACGCGACCCCUCAGCUCGCGGCACCUCAGCUCCAAGGGGGCCGCGCUGUCCGUGGUGUUCAUCUGGAGCUACUCCCUCGCGCUCACCACCCCCCCACUUAUGGGGUGGGGCAACUACGUCAAUGAGGCUGCUAAUAUUAGUUGCUCCGUGAACUGGCACGAGCAGUCCAUCAACACGCUGACGUACAUCCUGUUCCUGUUCGCGAUGGGGCAGAUCGUGCCGCUCUCCAUCAUCACCUUCAGCUACGUCAACAUCAUCAGGACCAUGAAGAGGAAUUCGAAGCGACUAGGGAGAGUGAGCCGGGCGGAGGCGCGCGCCACCACCAUGGUGUUCAUCAUGAUCAUCUCCUUCACCGUCGCCUGGACGCCGUACUCGCUCUUCGCUCUCAUGGAGCAGUUCGCUACUGAGGGAAUCGUAUCGCCGGGUGCGGGCGUCAUACCUGCUCUCGUGGCAAAGAGUUCCAUUUGCUACGACCCUCUUAUAUAUGUCGGCAUGAAUACACAGUUCCGUCAAUCUAUAAAACGGAUAUUUGGAAUACACUCAAGACGCGGGGGCUCACAGACAGACAGAUGCUACAACAACACGAUGCUGUCACCGGCGCACAAACCGUCCGGUUACAACGACAUUACCGUUAGAUACAACUCAGAAACCAUCACGUCUAUUACACCGAGAAAAAAGAACAACAUCAUCGAAGACUCUGAGAACCACUCCAUCUCCAUGACAGUCAACGAAGUUGGACGACCUCCAGGGAAACUCUACGAAUUAUGCACAAUACAAGAAGCUAAAACAAAUUCUGAAGCCGAAAAAUCAGGAGACACUGUCGACGAUGAAGAAAGCUGCACGAGUAAUAAAAAAUUUGAUGAAGUUUGUGCAGAAUCUUGGAAAACCAUGAAGGUACCAUCACCAGUAGUUACAAUGGUAGAUAGCCAACGUUUUCUUUUUACUCGAGCACCAAAUGGUGAUACCAAAGAAUCUCCUAGUGUAGACAAAGCAUUAAUUGAUUUUAGUGAAUUCAAAGUUACCAAAAGGCCUCUAAAGAAUAGUUAUUCUUUAGACCUAGGUGGUGUUGCAACUGAAGGUAGGCGGAGGAAGUUUUCAAUUGAAACGAAGCUUGAAACUUUUAGUCCGUCGAAAAUAUUUUCUAAAGAAAGAGUUGUUAGCAAACUAUUUGAUUCCGAUUCAAGGCACGACAGUGCCAAAAGUUACUUGUGCGCGAACGAAGGAGAUUGCAGUGACGAUGAUAACUAAAUAUAGAUAGUUAAUAAUUAAUUUAUCACUCUAUUAUUAUAUAUUCAAUAUAUGAUUACAAAACAUGGAAGCGUAGCAGGGUUUGCGUCACUAAAAUCUAUGACAAAUGUAACGGCAAAGUAAUUUUGCUUUAUAUUAUCUCAUUCUUAAUAAACACCUGUAAUGUAACAGUUAUGCUUUUUGAAAUUUUAUAUAUCGACUGUUAUAUUCUCCAUAUCUGUUCUGUUGUGUUAAUAAUUCUCUGAUACCGAAUUUAUCUUAAACACUUUUUGUAUUAUUUACUUCAAGCAGUUUUUUUAAGCUUUUCAUGAUUAAAUUGUGAUUUAUUUUGUCAAAAUUAUAUUGUGAGCGUAUGCUCGUAGGAUAAGAAUGAAAGCUAGUCAAGGAUCUGUGAUAAAGAUAUCAGUGCCAAGAAUAAAUAUAUACCUAAUUUAUCUAAAGUAUUUUGAUGUUAAUGAAACGAAUUAUUAUAUAACUUAUUAAGGAUCAAUUAAAUAGAGUAUAAGAGUAAGAAUGUUUUUCUUUAAGGAGAAAUACCUAUGAUAAUAUUGAAGUAUGAAUCGAAAAAUGAUAUAAUACUAGUAUUAUACCUAAUAAUAUAAUUAGGUAUAUUGAUCAAAAUAUUUCGUAUGUUUAAGAAUGUAAGAAAUAACAAGUGAGUUUUUAAUAUAACCCUAGCACAAGAAUCAGUUUUUCACAUGCUGUAUUUAUUUAAUUAUUAUGUAUCUUAUCUUAUCGUAUCUUUGAAAAAUUUUGCAAAAAAAUACGACUUGUGUUCUGAAAAAUUUUUGUAAUAUAUGUCUACCUUUUGGCAUUUUUUUAAUUUUGGCUAUAAAGUAUAAGCGAAUAAUUAGGUAUUUUGAAAAAUAAUUGGUUACCUAACCAAUAAAUUUCUUCAAACACGAACAAU